AAGAUGAAUGAAGAACUACUUAACAUUUUACAAUUGUACAAUUUAUUCUUUUUCUUCUCAAAUGAAUCUUCUCCUUAACAACUAUGUAUGAUAUAUGUGAAAAUCAAUAUACAUAAGUUAAAAGAGAUGAUGGAUGACAUCUUAUGCGAAUCUCACAUGUUUAUCUCUCCACACGAGUGAUAUUGUGUCACCACAUGGGAAAUCUUCACUCUACACAAAAUAAAUCCGUAAACUCUAAUGGUAAAAGCAGAUAAUUUGGUUUGAAGGCGAGAUGUUACAAAUGGUAUAAGAGAUAGCGCUCUUGUAAGGUUUAAGUAUUGAUUGCAUUGUCAUGUGUUCUUUGGUGGCUUAGCAGCACCGAUCAAAGGGUAAUUUCUUGUUCUGGUACUUUGUAUUUUGUACUUUUAUUCUAUAAAUUGUGUCACAUGUCAAAUACUUUGUUUGUUAAUAACGCACCACGUUAAAAGUUAUGCCCAUGCCUUUUGACAUGCCAUACAUCAAUACAUAAUUAAGGUUUAAAUUAAGCAGCCUCCAGAGAAACAGAAAUUGGCACUAAUGAGGGAUGGGAAACAUUGGGAAGAUUCUCUAGCUAGAAAACACAUCCUAGCAUGCCCAAAUGAUCGAUUGUAUUUCCUUAAAUGCAAAGCAUAUAUAAACUAUCCCCUGCAACAUGCAUUAAUGGAUAUUUUAAGAAGAUAAGUGGAAAUUAGGGAAGAAAAAAGCAAUCUUUAUUCUCUAUUUACUAUCGAUUCUUGAGUAACCAAUAAGCUUUAGACAUGUAUAACUUCCUAAGGUAGAAAGAAGGGUUUGAUUAAAGAACAUUGAAUAGGAUCUCUUUAAUAGCACUUCUAGAAAACUUUCCAAAUUUGGUAAAACUUUAUGCUGCGGAGUCUCUUCAAUCUGUUUAAAGUCUCCUUAUGUGAGUCUCCAUUUAACAUUUCUUUCUCUAUAAAAAGGCUCUUAAGCAUCAAAUGCAACUCACACAUUUCACAUAGCUAGCUAGUGUUUCAAGAACUCCAUCAAGCUCCAUCACUCUAUCUAUCUCUACAUCAGACCAUUGUUAUCAUCAUGUCAAGAAUGAUAGAACCACUUGCACUAGGAAGAGUGAUAGGAGAGGUGGUGGACACAUUUACACCAAGUGUCAAGUUGAAUGUGACCUACAAUCCCAAUAAGACCGUCUCGAAUGGCCAUGAGCUCAUGCCUAAUCUCAUUAUCACCAAACCUCAUGUCGAUAUCGGUGGUGAAGACAUGAGAUCUGCUUAUACACUUAUCAUGACCGAUCCAGAUGUUCCAGGCCCUAGUGAUCCUUACUUAAGAGAACAUCUCCACUGGAUCGUUACAGACAUUCCUGGUACCACUGACACUUCCUUUGGAAGGGAAAUUGUAAGCUAUGAGACACCGAAGCCGGUAAUAGGGAUUCACCGAUAUGUAUUCUUAUUGUUCAAGCAGAAAACAAGAAAAUCGGUGAGUCCACCGGCUUCCAGGGACCGCUUCAAUACUCGUAGCUUCAGUCAAGAACAUGGAUUAGGGUUGCCGGUUGCUGCUGUAUAUUUCAAUGCUCAAAGAGAAAAUGCUGCUCGCAGAAGAUGAUUACACAUAUAUAUGAUUCCUAUGUUUGAGGUAUCUCAAACGAUGUUCAUCAUAUGAAUUGGCUUGAAAUAAUUAUGCAUAUAUGCAAACAUGAAUAAUACAGAAGAAAGGAUGGGAAGUAAACCAAUAAAAACUGUGAUUUAAUGUAUGUAUCUGAUUCACAAUUGAAGUAUUUGUAUUACGGUUGAAACUCAAAUAAACAAUGCAAUAUUCUAGUGA